AUGAUUGGUUUCAUAGUGACUGCAGCUCUCUCUCUGCUGCUUGGCUACUACCUGCUGUCCCGACUGAGACUCUGCAACGCCCGCUACCCGCCGAUUCAAGAAGUUCUAGCGCAGUCGACUACACGGUAUGAUCUCCGUGACUUGAACGUGCCUACAGCCACAGGGCUGCUCUUCAAGCUGCUGAUACGCCUCCAGUUCUCCCGUCUCGGCCAAUGGACCAUCGUCCCAUACUUUGUAAGGAGGAAUGCCCUUCGCAUGCAAGGCAUCCACCUACCCGAAAAACCCACCCUCUACCCUACUCCGUGUUACCCUCCGCCCAUCUCCGGGGACUACUCCGUACUCAACCGUGCUGUUCUAGAGAAGCUGGUGAAAAACACAGACGAACUCGCGACUGGGAGUGAGUUUCGAUUCCCCACUGUGGCCGACUAUCACAGGGCCUAUGAGAGCGGUCAGUGUACGCCCACCGACGUUGCCAAAGCCGCGUUGGAAGCCAUCGAACUCUCCAACUCUCUUUCCCCUCCUCUUAGGGCUAUCACAGACACCAAACGCAGCGUCGUGCUAGCAAUGGCCGAGGCGUCUACCGACAGGUGGCAGAACGGCAAAACCCUGUCCCUCCUCGACGGCGUACCCGUAUCAGUGAAAGGGCUGUUCCGUGUCGAACCAUAUGAAUGUCUCUCGGGCUGUGCAAAGUCUCCGGAAAUAGUUCACGGAAUGAGAGAAGCAUCCACUGUUCGUAAACUGAAAGAGGCCGGGGCGGUUAUAGUGGGGAUUGCAAAUCUGCAGGAGUUUGGUGCCGGUACGCUGGGGUCCAAUCCGAACCAUCGCCACAUCACCCCCCGAAACCCCUACAACACCAAGUACUACUGCGGAGGUAGUUCUUCUGGUUCUGCUGCCUCAGUCGCAGCGGGGCUCUGCCCGGUUUCAAUCGGUACGGACGGAGGUGGGUCUAUUCGUACCCCGGGGGCCGUUUGCGGUGUUGUCGGUCUAAAACAGACGUUUGGUCUAGUCGACCAGGACGGCUCUUGUCCCUCGUCGUACUCUGUGAGUGUCUCUGGUCCCCUUUGCUCAUCUGUGGUCGACGCAGCGGUGACGACAGACAUCAUGGCGAGGGAGACGGAGGGAGAGAGGGUCCUUGCCUCCCUCGAUGGAAUUGACUCCACGGAGGAUCUGAGCGGGGUAAGAAUCGGGGUGUACUGGGAGUACUUCAACCACGCAGACGGGGAGAUUGUCGAACGGUGCAAGGAGGCGGUUUUCUUCCUCGAAUCCCUCGGGGCAGAGGUCGUGGAGGUCGCUAUCCCCGAGCUGGAAGAGAGUCGAGUGGCCCAUUUCGUCAGCAUCAUCUCCGAGAUGUCUCACUCUCUCUCCCUCGAUGCAGACAAGAACUUCUCCGUCCUGAACCUGGAGUCGCUCUUUGUGAUCGGCGCCGGGUAUCCUUUGACGGCGAGUCACUACAUCAGUGCUCAAAAGCAGCGUACGCGAGCUCUCGCAUGCCUCGGGCAUCUCUUUCAGAAAGUCGACGUUCUGGUUACUCCGUCCACUGCCUGUAUCAUAACCCCAGUUUCAGAGGGUGCAGUUCGCCUCGGCGAGCUGGACGGCACGACGUCAGGGCGGUUGAUGAGGUAUGCCUUCCUGGCCAACCUGUGCGGGAACCCGGCACUCACGCUGCCAGUGGGCUAUACGGAGGAGGCCGGUCUACCGAUCGGUCUAAUGUUGACGGGUCGUCACUACGAGGAGAGGGUGUUGCUGAGGCUCGGGCUGGCCCUAGAGAGAUCAGGAAGAUUUCCAACAAAGAAACCACAAGUGUUUUAUAACCUUCUCAAGAGUUGA